UAGUACUUGGAAUAAAACUUAUAUAUAUUUAACAGUGUUAUGGUUAUAACUGACCAUCGGUCAUUCAGAUAAUAGUACAUGGUGUCAGAAGUUAAAACAGAGAGGCACAUGUGCAACAAAAGUACAGAAGAAAAACAUGGACUUACAUUAAAUUGUAAACAAUGAAAAGGAUUUACAUUAAAUUGUAAAAAAAAGGACUUACAUUUAAUUGUAAAUUAAUAAAACACUGUUGAUCGGAUUAACAUUAAAUUGAAAAUUACUAGCUUGACUACAUUAUAUUGUAAAGAACUAAAGCAUUGAAUUUUAGAAGAAAUUUCAGAAAAAUGGAGCAGUUGCAACCUCCAGAAAACUUUGAUUUUUCAAGCCCAAAAAAAUGGAAUAAGUGGAAACAAAGAUUUUCUUUCUACAGAACAGCUUCAAAACUUCUUAAAGAAGAUGAAGAUAUACAAGUCCCUACACUGGUAUAUACCAUGGGAAAAGAAGCUGACAAUUUAUUAAAAUAUUUUGAACGAUCAGAAUGUUAAAAAAAAUAUGGAACUGUCUCAACAAAAUUCGACGAAAAAUUUUAAUCCAAAGAAAAAUAUAAUUCACGAACGAGCAUAAUUCCAUAAGAGAAACCAAAAGCCAGGUGAAACAGUAGAGACAUUCAUUAGAUCUUUAUACAAGUAAAUAAGAGAUCGAAUCGAAGUUGGAAUUUUAGAUAAAAAUUUGUCAGAAAAACUGCAGCUUGAACAAGACCUUACUCUCGAAAAAUGCGUAACAAUGGUAAGAAACAGCGAAAUAGUUAAAAACCAAAUUCGAUCACAAAUGGAUGUAGCUGUAACAGACGAGGCAAAGCCAAAACGAUGUUUGGUACUGCAACCACACGUUUCUCGACAGCAGGAUGCGACGUAGAAAUUUCCGGGAACACAAUCUAGACAAUCGAAGAAAAUCUAUGAUAAACAGUGUUCAAAUUGUAAUAAAUAUCAUGCAAGAGGACAUUGUGCAGCUUUUGGGAAAGUAUGCCGGAAAUGUGGACAUUAUAAUCAUUUCGCAGUGUGUUGUAAAACUAAAAAAGUACAUGAACUGUGUGCAAAUGACGCAUCAUCAUAUUUAGUAGCCCAACAAAUUGUGCGCUUUAGGGCUUUUUUAUAUAGACAUCUAUGAAAUAUCAGAUUAUAAAAUCGGUCUGUCUUGCCGUCGAAAUAUUGAGACUACAUAUUUAGGAACUAUUGACUGUGUACCAAAUGAACUUUGGACAAUAAAACUUCAGGUACGAGGUCUGGUACAGAUGUCAGAUGAUGAAGAAGAGCCUUUGAUAGAUGAUUCACUUCUUGUUACCAAUGUGACAGCUGAGAGUCUGGGAUUCACCGUUCCUCAAGGAAAACACGAUUCUGAUCCUGGUCCGGGAACUUCUAAAGCCACAGUUGUACAGACCACUGAUAGAACUGGCGCCACCAUCCUAACAUUUCCUGCCAGUAUGGAACUAACAUUGCAAUACCUGUCUGGUAAGAUAUCAUUUUUGGAGUUUAGUGAGCAAAUGGAGAAAGAGAACCAGGUACCUGAUGCAGCCACUGACACUGGGUUGGAGGAUGUACAGGGAACUGAAGAUGUGAUGGACACAGGGGAGUUUUCUAAAGAUGAUCAGGAUAAAGAUAAAAAACAAAAGCAACCUCAGAAGAGACGACCAGGAAAGAAACGGAAAAAGAAAUGGGAUCUACCUAGUCAUUUAGAGAAUAUGAUGGGUGAAGUGAAUAUGAUAUUUGCUCAAGGAAAACAUGAGGAAGCCAUCAACCAGUGUCUAGAAAUUAUCAGACUUGCUCCAAAUGCAAACAAGCCAUUUCAGACAUUAGGAAUGAUAUACGAAGAUAUGGGAGAUAUGCAGAAAGCAUUACAGUAUUCAUUGAUAGCAGCAUAUCUAGCUCCAUACGAUAGUGAGGAAUGGGCAAAACUUGCAGAAAUGUGUCUUGAACAGAAUGAUAUUGGCCAGGCAACGAAGUGUUAUACUCAGGAAAUGAUCUGCUGCAAGUCUAUGAGAGAAAAAAUUGGGUCAAAUACACACAACUUGCCUAUAAAAGAGGUAAAGGAAAGUAUACCAACAAGAUGUUCUGUACCAGAUAUGUUACCAAUAGACCUUAGAAUCAAGUUGGCUGUGGUGAUAGAACCAUUGUUUGAGGAAGAUAUCGAGGUUAUGGGAGAUUUGUACCUGGAUACAGCCGAGGCCUACAUGGAUAAAGGUUAUUAUAAACAAGCACAACCAUUACUGGAAAUGUUGGUUAAGUCACAAAACUACCAUCUUGCUGCUGUGUGGUUACGGUAUGGUGAAUGUUUGAACAAUGUAGGAGAUUUGCACGGGUCAUGCGAGGCUUACACGAGGGUGGUAGAGUUAGCUCCCUCACAUAUCGGGGCUAGAAUGUCCUUGUCAGCCAUUCAACAACAGAUGGGCAAACAUGACGAGGCAUUAGAACUUUUACAACAUGAUGAUGGAGAACAGAGAAAAAUGAGCAAAGAGGAACAGCAGAUGUUGUUACAGAAAUGUCAUCUUCUUCAUGCCCAGGGAAAACUGGAUGAAUUCCUCGAGACAGCAAAACAAUUAUUGUUUCAUGAGUGGAGGGAGAUAGAGGCAGAAAACAUGAGUUAUUUACAAGCCAUACGGACAUACAAGCACAGAAAAGAUAGCUUGAAAAGUCAUUUCCAGUUUAAGGGAAAAGAUACUAAACUUGUUUCAGGUUUGACGUCAGUGAAGAAGACGUCACUUGCUAUCUCGUUUGCUGAUUUGUGGGAUGUCUUUUUACUGUUAGGCAAAUCACUACUAGAGAAAGGGAGAUUUACAGAGUUUGAAGAUGUUACAUUACUCGGUAUGCUGUGUCCGCUAUUCAAUCAAGAUGAAAAUUUGCUAGCUGAUUUUGAGUGGUUUAUACUAAACGCUGCUAUAAUAUCGGGAAACCAAUUACGUUCCUAUGCUUUUGGUAGACAAAUAGUUCUAGAUAAUUUGGAGUCGCCACAAGCGUGGAACAUGUUUAUGCAGGUGAUAAUGGUGUGUAAUGAUCAGAGACAUAACAGGUUCUGUCUACGAAAAAGUAUGACUGAGCCAAACAACAUAAUUUUGGGCAUCAUGAAUGGGCACAAUUCAAUGGCUUCUGGAACAUACAAACAUUCACUUGGUGAAUAUGCCAAUGUGUUUAGAAGAACUCCUACAGAUCCAAUGCUUAGUCUCUGUAUUGGAUUAGAUUUCAUACAUUGUGCAUCACAGAGAUUUGCCGCUAAACGACAAUAUCUUAUUACACAGGGUUUGGCAUUUUUGAACAAUUAUAUCGAGCUGCGUGGAGAAUGCCAAGAAACUUACUACAAUAUGGCAAGAGCCCUGCAUCAAAUAAACAUCUUGUAUGCCGCAGUUCAUUACUACAAGAAAGCCUUGGAAUAUCCACCAUGUGUUGGAGAUAGAGGGGGAAUGUUUGACUUGACGAUGGAGAUAGCCUACAACAUGGCCUUGAUCUACCAGAACAGUGGAGCCAUUGAUUAUGCCAAAUACUUACUCUACAAGUACUGUGUCAUCUGAAGAGUUUGAAGAAUAAAACCAACAACAAAAAACAAUAUAUGAAAUUUAUCUAAUAAAUUUGAUAACCCUUACUGCGAGGAGAGUUAGGUUAAAAGCUAUUGUUCUGCAACAGAGAUUGACUUUAGAGGAACUGUAUCUACUAGAUCAGGAUUUUGAAAAUUCUGUUUUGGAGAGUUCUGUCGACAGACUUGAAUGGAAUAGUAGGAGAUCAAAGGAAAAAUUCUUAAGGACCCAGGUGAUUCUUUUAUAAGAGGAGCAGAGAAGGACAGUAAGAGUUAAUGACAGUGUGGCCGGAAUAAUGGGAGAGUAUCCUAACAUUUCUUGUCGAGAAUUAAGAACAGAAUAAUUUAGUUAAGUGACAGGAGGAGUAAAAAGUUUGGUUGGUGUUGUAAUAGUAUUAUUAAGUGUAUACAGUCAUAUUGAUUGAAAAACAGGUAAAGUGUUUGUAGAAAAGUGUAAUCAAAGAACACAAAAGAACAAAGUAUCAACAGACAGGUUUGUCUUUGAAAAGUUCUGAGUUAAGUUUUUGUUAACUGUUCACUGGUUUCUAAGUUUUUAUCCUGAUACACAGUUGUUGAAAAGUGAUUUUCAUGUUAUUAAAUGAUAAUGUCACUUUAUAAUUUGUAUAGGGGAUGAAAGCCUAGGAAUUGAUGAUUUAUUUUCUAAACCUGGCUUUUUACCAAUAGCUGUUAUUAAAUUUUUGUGUGCUUUUCCUAUUUGGAAUGAAGUUUGAAACAGAUGACUUAUCUAAGUAAAUGAAAAGAUUAAAAUUGAUCACUAUUUGCUCUCCUAAUUACUGGUAAUGGUAAAAAGCCAAGUUUGAUAGAUUAUUAAAAAAAUGAUUAUUGAUGUUGAUAGAUGCCUCAAUGUUAAUGUCUAAAAAAAUGAUGAAGAAAGAUUAAGUUCUGUACUUACAUUCUUUCUAUUUUAGAAUGAACAUUUUAAAUGAUAUUAAAGACUAUGGAAGGCAUCUAUGAACAUAAAUUAGAUUAAAAAAAACAAGAAAAAAAAACAAGAAAAAAAAAAAAAGGAAAAAAAAAUUAAGUAAAAAAAACACAAAACAAUUGAAAAUAAUGAAACUGAAGCAUAAUUUUGGGUUGAUAUUUUGCAAGGAUAUACAUGUAUAUACAGACUAAAUUUUUUUAAUGUAAUGUAUGAAAGUGAUAAAAUAUUUCUGGAUACAGUAUACACAAAAGUCUUUCUUGAUACAUUAUACAAAAUAUCUUGUUAAGGGUUGCUUUUGUUUAUUUGAAACAUGUUUUGUCUGAAUGUAAGUCUGUAUAAAUAUCAACCAUAUUCCUUUUUCUAUUGAAGUUUUAAGUUUUUCUGUUUUAGUUUUUCCUAUCAUAGAUCAUAUAUCAUUUUUUGCAAACCAUUUUCUGCAUGUCAUAGUUUCAAAGAAAUAGUGCAUGUAAUUCUUUGAAACAACAUAGAAUUUUUUUUAACACAUUUGAUAUAUUGCAUUAUUUUGCUAUAACAAUUACUACCUAUGCCUAAUAAUGAAUUUUAGAGAUACAGUAUACAGUGCUUUUUUAGUUUCAUGGGAAUGAAUGGUGGCUGGUUCCAUGGAAUGCAAACAUUGCAUAGUAGAGUGGAAAAUUUAGAAAUAGAGAAAACAAUCCAUUGUGAUACAAAACCAUCGUCAUUUCAAACUACAAAUCUUUUCUCUUUUGGUAAAGAAUUAAUUUUUUUUAAGGAAAAUAAGUUGAUAGAAAAAAAUG